AUGGGUCCUGCAGACGACGACGUGGGCAACUGGACCUCGGACCUGAGCUAUUGGAACGGCACUUGGGACUACUCGUGGCCGUACGACGGCGUCAUGGACUGCUACGACGUGGACAAAAUCCAGGUGCACCCCGCACUCAAGGUCUUCCUGACUGUCACCUUCGCUCUGACCAUCGUGGUCUCGGGGCUGGGAGACAGCCUCCUGGUGUUCAUCAUCUUAUUCCACAAGAGGCUGCGGACUGUCACCAACUUGAUGAUCGCCAACUUGGCCGUCUCGGACGCCCUGACGGCCUUGCUCAGCGCGCCCUUCACGCUGCACUAUUACGUGACCGAUAACUGGGCCUUCGGCGGCGUCAUGUGCCCCCUGGUCGGCACCAUCAAGAACGUGUCUCUCUACGUCUCCGUCAACACGCUCCUCGUCAUAGCCGUUGACAGAUUCGUUGGGAUCUUCAAUCCUUUAAGACCGCGCAUGGGUAAAGGCACCUUAUCUGUCAUCCUGAGCGCCGUCUGGUUGUUCUCAGUGCUUAUCACCAUCCCCACCCCACUCUACACGGCUACUACCUCUGGUCUGGAUUGCAAAGGUCAAACGGUCACAUUCUGCAACGAGUUCUGGCACAACGCCACGGCAGGCAAAGUCUACAUGGUCAUCAUCUCGGUCUUUGAGUUCGUCCUCCCCGCCAUUGUCAUGGGCGUCGUGUACAUCAAGAUCGCCGCCCAGCUCUGGUUCCACCGGCACCCGCCGGGCCACGAGACCCCACGCCACAGGGAGAUCACCCUGGUCCGGAAACAGAAGAUCAUCCCCAUGCUCAUCACCGUGGUGGUGGCGUUCUUCCUGUGCUGGGCGCCUUACUACGCCUUCAACUUAGCCUGGCACUUCCACGCCACCAACUUGGCCGGCUUCGCCUUCCAGUACUCGCUCUACUACAUCGUGGAGAGCGUGGCCAUGCUGAACGCCGUCAUCAGCACGGUCAUCUACUUCAUCAUGUCUCCGGUCUUCCGGGAGGAGUUCUGGUGCCUGGUCUACCGGUGCUGGCCGGGCUGCCGCGGGGCCGGCGGCGGCCGGCGCGGACGGCGGAAGGGCUUCGCCAAGAACGGCAGCCAGCAGGCGACCAGGACCGGCAGCGGGUUCUCACAGACCAUGAGGAACGGCCACUACUACGCCGUGCCUAAGACCACGGACACGGCAGAGGCACGCUUGUAAACUAUGUAAAUUUGUACAUAAAAUAUGCACACACUGGCAUAAAUGUUAAAGUACUUUGAGAGUUAUUGUAUAAAGCACGCCCUCUGUUGAGUGAGGGUUUUAAAAACGAUUUCUCGGCAUAACUCGUGUCACGCAGGGAAAUAGAGCAAAUUAUAAUAGAGAAUAAUACAUUUAAGGUUGCCUCCAUAUACAAAUGUGUAAGGUAUCUUGUAAUCAUAGUGUGCACGUAUUUGGCCUGAUCCAAACGUGCAGUCCUGGGCCAAGACUAGCAACUGGUGCAAUGUCUUAGUGUUAAACAAAAGCACGCCCUCUGUAGACUGAGAAAUAUUACCGAGUUUUCAAAAUGGCGACAACUCUGUUUGAGGCAGGGAAGUAUGACAUAUUAAUAUUACAUUUUAAGAAAAUGUAGAAGUGAUUUCUUUUUACUGUGUGAUUCAGAUUCUUUGAUAAUAUUCAUGUGAUGGCCGCUAUGCAGACGUAUUAGUCCGAAGGUUUUCAGAAAAAAUAAUUGAAAUUGGUUGAUUAUUCAGUUUACCUUUAUGGUCGUUGUCUCCUUUGAAAAAAGUCCAUAUCCUACUUUGGCGAGAUAUUUUUGUCCAUGAAUACAUGUAUUUAUUUCCAAAAAGAUAAUAGUGACAAUCAUAUUUACAUUGAUCCCUAAAAUUGAAAAAAAAAAAUGGCUGACGAUUUCUCGCUAUGAGCCCUGAAUAUUCCCGUGCGGAAUAGAACACUAGCAGAUGUUGAUGUGUUUUCCCUCGGGAAUCAGCGGAACAAUAAAAAAAAAAAGCAACCCAUUUUCAGGUCAUAAUUUAAUGCCAUGUAGAAUCUUCGGAAAUUAAGUAAAACAGGGAAUUUGGAACAUCUGAAAAACGAGAAUGAAGGGCAAUCUAACCGCUUAAGAUUAGCCGACCGUGAGCUCAAACACGCAUCGGAAGGGAUGACUAAUUAUCGUGGUAACAUCAGCAUCACGGACACGAUCCGGGCAAAACGCACCUUUCCCUGCGGACCAGUUUUUCUUAAACGGGAUGCUCGCUUUUAGUUUCUCCCGUUUCAAAUGGAAUUAAAGCCAUCGAUGCGGUGAAUAGAAUGAUUUACGUUUGUGACCGUGUUCUCUACUUUUGGGCGGGAUUCCUUUACCAACCCGAUCUGUGCUUCUAGGCUAGUUUGUAAGCAAAUUCUUAAAGAGGUUGUGGAAUGCUCGAAGACAUUUCCGUCAUUUUUUGGGUAUAUG